AAUGAUUAUCUUUUUUAUUUGAAGUCUGAAGAGCUGAGGCUGCAAGGCAAUGAGUGUGUCAAGGCAGGGAAGUACACAGAGGCCGUGCUACACUAUACUCAUGCUCUGGAUACAGACCGGCAGAAUCACCUCAUAUACAGCAAUCGCUCUCUGGCCUUCCUAAAGCUGCAACAGUAUUAUCUGGCCAUGCAGGAUGCCAACACCACCAUACGGCUACAACCCAAGUGGCCCAAGGGGUAUUUCAGGAAAGGAGAGGUUGAAUUCCAGGCUGGACAUUACCAGAGUGCGUUAUUAUCAUAUGGGGUGUGUAUAGUGCGUUACUAUCAUAUGGGGUGUGUAUAG